AUGGAGCCUCCCGCCCUCGCCGCCGUCCUGGCCUUCUCCGGGCUGGCGCUGAGCUGCUGCCGAGAGCCCGUCCUGUCCGAAUGCUACACAGCCAACGGGGCUGACUACCGUGGCACUCAGAACCAGACCUCCCAGUAUGCAGGGAAACCUUGUCUUUAUUGGAAUGAGACCUUUGAGCAUCCUUACAAUACUGUGAAAUAUCCCAAUGGGGAGGGAGGGCUUGGAGAGCACAACUACUGCAGAAACCCUGAUGGGGAUGUCAGCCCAUGGUGCUAUAUUGCAGAACAUGAAGAUGGAAUAUACUGGAAGUACUGUGAGAUCCCAUCCUGCCGAAUGCCAGGGAAUCUGGGUUGUUACAAGGACCAUGGGGAGCCACCACCCCUGACUGGCACCAGCGAGACCUCCAACAAGCUCACCAUCCAGACGUGCAUCAGCUCCUGCCGCAGCCAGCAGUUCAAGUUUGCAGGCAUGGAAUCAGGUUAUGCUUGCUUCUGUGGAAAUAAUCCUGACUACUGGAGAUAUGGGGAGGCAGCCAGCACGGAAUGCAACAGUGUUUGCUUUGGAGACCACACUCAGCCCUGCGGUGGGGAUGGCAGAGUCAUUCUCUUUGACACCCUUAUUGGUGCCUGUGGAGGGAAUUACACUUCUGCUACAGCUGUGAUCUAUUCCCCAGAUUUUCCUGACACAUAUGGCACAGGCAAAGUCUGUUAUUGGACCAUACAAGUUCCAGGAGCAUCCCAAAUCCACUUCACCUUUGUCCUUUUUGAAAUCAAAGAUGCUACAGAUAUGGUGGAAUUGCUGGAUGGUUACACCUACCACGUUCUGGCUCGUUUCAAUGGCAAGAACAAGCCUCCUCACACCUUUAACAUCUCUUUGGAUUUUGUCAUUCUGUACUUUUUCUCAGAUGACAUCAAUCAAGCCCAGGGAUUUGCUAUCAGGUAUAGAGCUGUGAAGGACAAUGUGCACCAAAACAAGAUCCCAGUGAAUCACACCCUUCCAGAGAGGACAAAUGAGCAAGCAAAUCUCAGCAUCAAUGCAGCCCGGUCAUCAAAGAUACUCUAUGUCAUCACAACCAGCCCAAGCCAUCCAACCAGCUCCAUGCCUGAAUGGACAAUAUACAGCCUCACAGCACUGCUCAUCCUAAGUGCUACAGCCAUAAUUGCAAAGAUACUUCUGCAUGUUACCAUGAGGUCCCACCAGAUUCCAGCUGCAGCUGAGACAGAGGAUUGCAGUGAUGUCACUACUGCUGGUGAGAUCUGGAGUAUAUUUUACCAACCAUCCACAUCAAUUUCCAUCUUCAAGAAAAAGCUUCGAAAUCAGCAAGAUGAUUGCAACCCACUGGUGGGAGACUGAGCUGACUUAUCUUGCAAGAAUUGAUUUCCUUAAAAUCCAGGUGACUUGAGAUUAAUCUUCCUUUUUUUCCUCCCAACCUCAUACCUGUUUUGCAAAAAGUCCAUUUCCAAAGGCCUUUGAGUGACUUUGCCUCUCUGCUGUUCUCUUGGAUCUAGCGGUGACAACGGAUUUAAUUGCAGCAAUAAUUCUGAAAUACCUGGUGCUCCUCAAGUCUGUAGUGCUGUUAAUUACUGCCUUUAAAACAUUGCACUUAAAGUAGAUGUAAAAACUUGUAAAAUUCAACAUGUCCUGUACCCCUGCCCAAGGUAACUGAAGGGGUUUUUACAGGUUGAGGAUUUCUUGUGUCCCCCUUGCCUGUGCCACUGCAUUAGAUCAGGCUACUUGAGUCCUCUUAUUCUCAAGGUGAAGACAGAGGUGGGUACUGCUAACCUGUUCAGCAAACAGAGCUUAUUUGCCUUGAUGUAAACACAUCUCAGUGGUAUUGUACAGGAGAAUGGGAAUCAAAGACUGGAAAAAUGAUCAGCCUGGUUGCUCAGUGCUGUGCUCUUUCUGCAUGUUCUGUUUCUGUGUCUGCAAGCAGAGAUGCAGACAUAAAAAAAUCAAAUUCAGGAUGCCUCUAUAACAAGAUUCAGCUACAAAUAUUCAUUUUGGUUGACUAGAGCUCACCAGGUCAAGGCCUGCAGGAGCAUUGAAGCCUUUUAAAUGACUUUGUCUGACCCAUUAUUCACUGAUGUUUAUGAUAAUUUUGUUCAUAUUCACAGUGAUCCUUUAAAAACACUAAUUGUACUCCAGCCUGAAAGCCAGGAUUCAUCCUGGAUAUAAGCUUAGGGCUUCUUAAAGGAUUGUCCAAAGAUAAUCCACUGAAUUUUUAUCAGUGAGGCUGACUAACCAAUUUUUGCUCUGAAGUCACAUGCAUUGAUCUCAGCAGCCCAAACAUUUUACAAA